UUAAAAUUGGAAAACUUGGCUUGGGUUGACUCCAAAGAUUUAAUCCAUAAAGUGUGGAAACACAUAAAUAUAUAAAUUAGAAAGCCUUUUACACUCUCAACCCCUCACACAGUUAUAAAAUUGCACAAGCUUCCCGGUGAGCAGAUUUACCGAUGUUGGCGGCGCCGCCUCAGAGACGUCCAGAAGAGCGGCGGCCAAUUAUGAUUUUGCGGUUUGCUUUCACCUUUGGCCAACUCAUAAGUAUCGUUGGAGCUCAAAAUCAAACAAAUAGCGCCACCACUAAUCCAUCUGAAGCAAGAGCUUUAAAUUCAAUAUUUCAUCGUUGGGGACUUUCGGCCUCAAAUCAAUGGAAUAUUAGCGGCGAAUUAUGCAGCGGCGUCGCUACUGAUCAAACCCAAAUUGCAAAUAUAAAUCCCGGAAUAAAAUGCGAUUGCACUGACAAUAAUGGGUCCACUUGCCACGUCACGGCUCUGAGAGUCUAUGCGUUGGAUGUAGCAGGUCAACUACCUGACGAGCUAUGGAGUUUGACAUUUCUCACUGAUUUGGAUUUACGUCAAAAUUAUUUGACAGGACCAAUUCCAGCAUCCAUUGCCAAUCUCACUCGCAUGCAAUACUUGAGUUUUGGCAUCAAUGCGUUAUCAGGACAGGUCCCUAGAGAGCUUGGGCUGCUCACAGACUUGAGAUCAUUUUGUGACUUAAAUCAUGUGAUUGUAAUUGUGUGCUUCGUGUUGUGGAGGGCGUUUGGCACGAAUAAUUUCACCGGCCCUUUACCACCCGAGCUCGGAAAUUUAUCUAGACUUACACAAAUGUACUUUAUUAGUUCUGGAAUCAGUGGUCCAAUACCAGCAACAUUUGCGAGUCUACGGAGUAUGGAAAGAAUGUGGGCAUCAGACACGGAGCUCACGGGCCGGAUACCCGACUUCAUUGGGAAUUGGUCCAAUCUGGUUCAAUUAGAUUUAUCGUACAAUGUGUUAUCCGGUAGCUUUCCAUCUUGGGUCGGCGAACAGAACCUUCAACUCAAUUUGGUAUCCAACAACUUCACCAUCACUAGUUCUAACAGUGCUUUGCCUUCCGGUUUGAAUUGUCUUCAGAUGAACUUUCCAUGCGGACGAGGGAACCCGACUUAUUCCAGCUUUGCAAUUAACAGUGGCGGGCCGCCCAUCCGUUCUUCGGAUCAACUUCUGUUUGAAAGCGACAACGAGACAUUGGGCCCGGCAAUGUACUACGUGACCGCUUCACGUAGAUGGGCCGUGAGCAAUGUGGGCCUCCCAUUAGGCAGCAUCAGCCCACAAUACCAAUACAAUUCCCAAUCCCAAUCCCAAUUCACAAAUACUCAAGACUCGGAUUUAUUCCGAGACGCCCGUAUCUCGGCCGGGUCUUUGAGAUACUACGGACUAGGCCUCGAAAAUGGGAACUAUACCGUUCGACUACAUUUUGCCGAGAUAGUGAUUUCGAGCUUCCGGACUUGGAGGAACCUCGGGAGGCGUGUUUUCGACAUAUACAUUCAGGGGAAUUUGGUGCAAAGAGAUUUCGACAUUCGACGAGAAGCUGGUGGGGGGUUCGAUUUGAGAACCGUCACGCGGGAUUACAGGGCUCGGGUGCUCGAAAAUUAUCUCGAGAUCCAUUUGUUUUGGGCCGGGAAAGGCACUUGCUGCGUACCAGCUCAAGGGACUUACGGGCCUUUGAUCUCGGCUAUAAGUGUAACACCAGGCAUGCAAAGAGACUAUAAUGUUCUCAAAAUUAACCAACUUUAUUUUGUGCCGACAGUGUCGAAUAAUCCGCCAGGUGGGAACAAAAACAGGACGGGUUUGAUUAUCGGGAUUGUUGUCGGUGCCUCGGUUUUAAUAAUCUUUGUUGCUCUAGGCGUUUUUUAUAUAUAUAGAACGAAACAAAUGCAGAGAAGAAAAAUCGAGGAUCAAGAGUUAUUAGGGAUCGAAAAACGGACUUAUACAUUCAGUUAUUCCGAACUAAGAGCUGCAACGAAUGACUUCAGUCCAGAUAAUAAACUCGGUGAGGGAGGAUUUGGACCCGUUUACAAGGGAAUUCUUGCUGAUGGGAGAGUAGUUGCGGUUAAGCAGCUUUCGGUAGCAUCACAACAAGGAAAGAGCCAAUUUGUGGCUGAAAUCGAAACUAUAUCCACCGUGCAACACCGUAACUUAGUUAAACUAUACGGUUAUUGCAUUGAAGGAGAAAAACGGUUGCUUGUUUACGAGUACUUGGAGAACAAGAGUCUUGAUCGGAUGCUAUUCGGAGACGGGAGCAAAAGUCUCGACUGGUCAACACGUUACAACAUAUGCUCGGGAGUGGCUAAGGGACUCGCGUAUCUUCACGAAGAGUCUCGAAUGCGGAUUGUUCACCGAGACGUGAAGGCUAGCAAUAUACUUCUCGAUUCCGAGCUCGUUCCAAGAAUCUCGGAUUUCGGGUUGGCCAAAUUGUACGACGAUAAGAUGACACAUAUAAGCACUCGAGUUGCGGGCACGAUUGGGUAUCUAGCGCCGGAAUAUGCCAUGUUCGGACAGCUUACGGAAAAAGCCGAUAUAUUCAGCUUUGGAGUUUUGGCUCUCGAGACCGUGAGUGGAAAACCGAACUCCGAGUCUAGUUUGGAAGACGACACGAUAUAUCUUCUCGAGAGGGCUUGGAACCUUCACGAAAACAAGAAAGAACUCGAUCUAGUCGACCCGAAUAUGCACAAAUACAAUGAAAACGAAGUGAAGAGGAUAAUCGGGAUUUCACUUUUGUGCACGCAAGCUUCGCCGGCCCUUCGGCCAUCCAUGUCUCGUGUGGUGGCUAUGCUCUCUGGGGAGAUGGAAGUGCCCACGGUUAACACGAGGCCGGGUUAUUUAACCGGGUGGAACUUUAAUGAUGCGACUAUAUCUGCCUCGGGUGAAAAUGUGUUGGGUUAUUCGCCCGAAAAUGAUGCAAAAGCCAUGCUUCACGAGAGAAUUGAUGAGGGAAGAUGA